CUCAGUGACCAAGACCACUCACUUCACUUUGUGUGAAGAGGGGAGCAGGAGGUUUGUGGGUGAGGUAUCGGCGAGAGUGCAGGAGGGUGUGGGAAAGAGAUGGAAGGACGCCUAGUAUGAAGACGAUUCCAGUGCGUCGCGGCGACUUGUCAAAGGGGGAUUUUCUGCUUGGGGAAAUUCGACAAGGAGUUGUCGUGGGAAUAAAUGAGCGCUGUAAAUGAACAGGAAGUCAGAACAGAACCAAUGGGAACGAUCUGUCGACAUUGCUGACAUGUCGGAGAUGUUUCACUGAAGAAUCGACUGAAGAAUUCGGAGGACAAAGUCUUUUGGUCUGCUGACAGCUUGACAGCUUUUUAUUGUAUAUCAGCUUUAUAUCUACUUUGGAUAUCUGAGAGUGAUCACCAGAGUAAACUAAAGCGUGGACAAACACAAAAACACAAACAAACACACCCACCGACACACACACAGAGACAUGAGCUGGGACAACUCCACCGGUCUCGGCUCGGUGCUCAACGCCGAGCCAUGCACCGGCUUCACCAACAACACGGAGGGCGCCCUCUACCAGCUGGGCAACACGGUGCUCAUCCUGGGCUACAUGGGGGGCAGCACGGCGUACGGCGCCCUCUACAUCUUCAGCCUGCUGGUGCCGGCGCACGUCUGCCUCUCCCUCUGGGGCUUCCUGACCGUCUGCGGCCUGGACGUGUUCGUGUGGAACGUCCUGCUGGUGGCGGCGUGCCUCUGCCAGAUCGUCCACCUGGUGGUGCGGCUGCUGCGCGACGGCCUGCGCGACGGGGAGCUGGCGACGCUCUACCAGGCCGUGUACGCGCCGCUGGGCGUGCCCGUGCAGGUGUUCAAGGAGAUCACGGCCGCCUGCGAGAGCAAGGUGCUGGCGCUGGCCGCCGAGGAGACGUACGCCGUGGAGGGCAAGACGCCCAUCGACCAGCUCUCCUUCCUGCUCACGGGGAGGAUCCGCGUGUCUCUAGAAGGUCAAUUCCUGCACUACAUCUUCCCUCAUCAGUUUCUGGACUCGCCCGAGUGGGAGUCACUGAGGCCGACUGAGGAGGGGAACUUUCAGGUGACCUUGACGGCGGAGGAGGACUGCCGCUACAUCUCGUGGCGCCGGCGGCGCCUGUACCUGCUGCUGUCGCGGGAGCGCUACGUUGCGCGCCUCUUCUCGGUCAUGCUGGGCAACGACAUCGCCGACAAGCUCUACUCGCUCAACGACAAGCUCUUCGCCAAGAGCGGCGUGCGCCUCGACAUCCGCCUGCCCAGCCUCUACCACGUCCUCGCCCCCUCCACCCAGUCCAGCGAGGGCGGCGGCGGCAGCACCAGCUCGGCCCCGCCGGCCGUCGGCAGCCAUGGCGACCAGGCCAUAGUGACCGUGGACCCCUUGCCAGACACCCAGAGGCCCAAGUCGGAGAGCGGCGCCCCGGCACGAGGCGAAAGGGCGCCGGCGCUGGGCCCGUCCGCACGGCAGCAGUCCUGCCCGUCGGACACGGAGCUGCCCUCCGGUGAGGACUCCACCAGCCUGGUCCUGGAGGACUUCGCUGACAUUGCUGGCUCGCUAAUGGAUUAUGGGAGUGAAAGGGAUUAUUUGAAGUAGAGGGAGUUUUUUUUUGUUUUUUCGUUUUUUUUAUGUUCUUUUUGAGGGAGAGGUUGCUGGAUCUAACACACGAGGCCACUUCUUAGGGCUCAUAGGGAGACACUUCUGCAGGCCCACCGCAGCGCUACCAGAGGGGUCGGGCUCCCCUGGCACCCACUGACACCCCCAAGCUGUGACAGUGGUUUCACCCAGCACAUGGACCGUACCAUGGCCCGGGCGGGGGUGGGGGGGGGGUCCUAAGUUCCACACAAUGCCCUCGGGUGGUCAUACUCUGUCUCUCUAUUUGCCUUCGCCUGAGUGACGUAGCCUCUUUUUACACUCGGUUUUAAAAUGGGUCUUGGGCGAUCAGAUCUCAAGAGGACAGCCUAACACCUAGUCAUGGACACAUGUGUAAAUACAUGAUGGGUUUCAGUUGUCCACUUUUGAUCUGAUUAGCCAAGACACAUUUUAACACAGGGCCUUAUGUUCUGCUCCAGUAUUCUUUUCUGUCUGUCAUUCAAUGCUUUUCCCCCAUUUCUGUCUCGCUUUUGCAAAGUUACAGUCCACAAUUCUAAUCUAAAACACUGUUUGUAAACUACAGAAGAUUCACAGUCACACCUCAUAAUCCUCCAGAUGUUUGUUAUUUGUGCUAUAAAAACAAACAAACAACUGGUGUCUAUACACUGUCCAGAAAGAAACUGGAGUGGCUGAGAUUGUACCAUUCCAGCCAAUCAACAUAAGGUAGAAGGUGAAAUUUGAUUGGCUGCUGAGCUCAAAAAUGUAGGCUACAAACUUUCAUUGGAAUUGUGGACUGUUCCUUUAACUUGUUUUAUUUUUCCCGGUUCUUUUUCCUCACUACUCCCUGAGAGGGAACCUUGGGUGCCAAACCUAAAGACAAUGUCUAUGAAAGAAUCACAAAGCCACGGUACAGGAUUUAUUCUGAUGAUGACAAUUAAAAGACACAGACACAUACUUUCACUCUGUCUUUCUCAUGUCACUUAGACAUUUUGUUUGUUGAGUUUUCUCUUUUGUCUUUAGAUGUUGUGUUAAUAUGCAUAUGAUGAUUCCACAUUACAAAGUUCACACGUUUUAUGCUUGAAUGACAUAGGGAAUGGGAAGGGUUUGCUUGAUGUAAGUUGUGUCUAAACAAAUGAUAGAAUUAAAGGACUGUGAACCACUAAGUAAACACAUGUUUUUGCUACGGUCUGGACUUCCACAAUUCCGAAUGUGACAGUUAAUGCCUGUUGGCAAUUCAGGAUGUUCAAAUAGUCUGAACAACAGACAUCAUAACGUAGCACGUAAAAUGCAGAGUUUAUGACUAAAUGUGGAAAAGUGUGUUUUUUUUGUUUUUCUUCUUCCAAAAUGACAGUUCUGUCUAUUAUGGAGACGAUGUAAAAAUGUAUUUUUUCCCCUUGGGGCCAAACCGAUGUCUCAAUGAAGCUCUUUUUAAAGAUACAAAUUCUGAGCCUCCAACAUCAAGCCUUCUGCAUUCAAAUAUUAAAACAUUUACAGAAAUGACCAAA